CACAACUCCAAUUCAAGUUUACUAAACUAGCAUCACCUAUUCUGAACCCCUUAAGCAGGCGAACCUAUCUGAAGUCUAUUCAUUCCAACCCGAGAAGGCGAAGAAAGAGCGAAAAAAUCCGCCAAAAUGCCAGUUCCGUGGGAAGCGAUGCUGCCAAUGGGCUUGGUGGUUGUUAUGUUCGGCGUCACCGGCUCUGGUUUCAGCUUGGCAAAGCGGAUGACCAACGAGGGUAAGCCCGCAAGGCACAGUCUCGACGACUGGGAACACAUGAUGAUGCAGAGAGACCAGAGAUUGACAGGGUCAUUACGAGGGCAAGCAGUGAAUCCUGUCGCGCCACCCAACUUUGCUACUUCAAGCAUCUGGACAACGGAGAGGGUUCAGACCUGAUUCCUGUCUUGCCAGAGAUCGUGUACCAUGAUCGACUAGAAACGCGAAGUGCUUUGAUUUUAU